AGGCGGCAAGAAUCAAAGCGAUGGAGGAAGCGAAGAAACAGAAGAAGGAGGAGGCUGCCAUGGCGGUGGAGAGAGCCAAACUUGAGAAUGAGGAGCGGAAACAUCGGAGAGAAGACAUGGUGGAGCUACAGGAAAUCCUGGACAGGAACCAGAAAGCUUUGCUGGAUUUGAACCUGGCCCGGAGAGUGCAGGCAAAGUGGGCCCGCUACAUGAGGUGUGAUGGGUCGCCGGACCCCACAAACCAAGGGGAGAUCAACACGUACAUCAACCUGAAGUACGAGGACACGUCUCGGAACGACGCAGUCAGCGUGCUCAAGGACAGCCUCAUGGACCUGGCGCUCAUUGAGGAGUUACGCUUCCUGAUGAGCGACACUCCCAUGGAGGAGCUAUCAGAAGGGGAGAGAAGUCUGUACCAAGAGACCAUGCAGGAGCUGGAGAAUCUGAUGGGCAAGAAGCUGGACCUGGCCUCGCUGCAGGUUCUGUGCGCCGCCACCGCGCUGGCCAACCCUGAGACGAACAACCUGCAGCACGUGGUCAGCAACGACCAGAUCUCCCUGUGUAUGUGGGGGAACCUUACCAAGAACCCAAGGAUCCGACAGUAUGAGUUUACAGAAGUAAAUCUCACGUUCGACAUUCCCAAAGUCCUGGCACUGAGCAACUGUGCUGUGCGAGUUCUGAUCACAAAGUUUGACCACCUCUCCAUGACCAGCAAAGCCGCAAUACCUCGCAGGAAGAAAAAGGAAGAAGUGCUACCAGUCCCUGAGGAAACUGAGGAAGAGGAAAAGAAGGACGGAGAAGGAGAAGAAAAGGAAGGUGAAGAAAUGAAAGAAGGAGAAGAGAGUCCCCAGGAUCUGAUGGCAGCCCUCAGAGGAUCGUCAGGAGAGGAAGAGGAGCCGAAGGAGGAGGAGGAGGAGGAGGAGGUUCAUGAAGAAGAUUUUGAAGACCCGCCCACCCCAGAGCCCACGGAGUGGGAAGACUUUGACGAGGAAGACGACAUCGUAGACCUGCGCGCCAACGACGUGCUGGGCGGCGUGUUCCACGUGGACCUGCUACACAUGCCGCCCCAGCCCAAAACAGCCAGCUCCUGGACCAUCACACAAUUGGUGGACCCCCCAGAGAUCACCAAACUGUCCUACGUUCCCGACCCCCCCGUGGUGGCGGAGGAGAAGAACGGCAAAGACAAGGAGGCCAAGGAGAAGAAGGAGGAGAAGCCUCCCAUCACCAUCAGUAUGAUUUUGCCAAAAGACGUUCUGUUCCUGGAGGAGCCUCAGGUGGCCCUGUGGGACUACAGCAGGAAGUUCUGGAGCACAAAGGACACCUCAGACGUCAACUACAACGAAGAUGCCAGAAGUCUGUCGUUCAAGAUGAACAGUUUCGGCACCAUGGCCCUGUUACAGGACACCCACAUCAACAUGCCCUUCCAGUCGUGGGAGAUACGCCCACACAAGCUCAACAGUGCCGUGCUCUCAAUCAUUGCCGCAAUCGUGGAGAUUGAGAUUGAGAUCAAGGACGCGCUGUGUUGUCUGACGCAGCCCCACGACAAACCCGAGCUGGAGGACAUCCGCAACAAGUGGGUCCCUCCGGAGGAGCUCAUCAUGAUGAUGAAGAAAGCGGGCGUGAACGUGUUCCCCAGCGAGGACUCAUCCAAGUACGUCAGCAUUCAGAGCAAACACCCGCUGAUCGAGGAGCGGAUGUACCAACAGAUGGCGCUCUCUGCGUCUGCCAUGGCCUACUCCUGGUCCAAGUGGAACGGCGAGACGGAGCGGGAACAGAUCGUCUUCCAGGCGGCCGAGUCCCUGGAGGAUGUUCCUUUGUUGGAGGAGGACUGGUGGGUUUUGCUGGCCACCAAGCGCCGAGUGAUGAAGCUCAAGAUGACCGAGUUUGACGAGACCUUCAACGAGGAUCCGGAGGGCGAUGGAGAGCUUUUGGAUCCUGGCACAAUAGAUUUCAUUGUGGACGAAAACCCAAGGCAAAAGCAUUCACUGAAAGUGAAAGAGUCAAUAGACAGACGUCGAUCCACGAAGAAAAGCCUCAAGCCGGCGCCGUCUGCUUCAGAGUCUGUGGAUGUCUCGAGGGCUUCGUCCAAAGGGAAAUCAAAACAGCUGCUGUCUGUUGUGUCUGGCAACGGUCAUGAGAGUAGGCGGAAACUUCACGGGAGAAAAUCUGGGAAAUCUUCUACCCCGGGCUCGAGAAUAGCCUCUCCUUUCAUAGAAGAGGAGCCUAUAUUUCAGUUCCAUACUACGUUCAAUGUGGAAGAAUCACCGUUCAAGUCCAACAUUUACCACCUGAUGAAGGAAAUAACGAGUGAAACAGCGCAAGCAAGGGUCAAGGAAACCAACUUCCAGUUUGUCGACUGCGUGCAUCAACUCCUCAAAGCCACGAAGGUUCUCACGUACGCUUGAGAAAUUCUUUACGUGAUGCAGAUUCCUUGUCUAGUGCGGGGAAUCAUGGGAUGUUUUGUUGGAGUCGGAGGUAAAGAGAAGCUCAUCGACGAUGUAACGAUCAUUUAGUGCAUGCAAAAGGUGAGACAGACGAACAGGAAGAACAGAGGGACAGAAAUGGGAAAGCAUGUACCAGUGGUGCCCUCCAAACGCCCGCUAGAUAGAUGUGAGCUGUACCAAGCGUCAACACCUGAGAGGAUAAUUGCCAAAACACAACGUAUGGAAAAAUGAUGAAUUGUUGUUCAGUGUUUUCUUUGAAAUUUGAAUAUUUCUAUGUGGUUGGGGGAAGGGGGAGGGUGAGUUUUUUAAAAAUUAGACAGAUAUACAAGUACAGUUUAUAUAUAUAUCAUGUAAAUGAUCACUUACUGGUGAGAGAGUGAGACAAACACACAGAAAUUAAUUUCAGAGGGAAAUGAAAAAGCAACGGCCCCCUCCUAUCAACCACAGAAAGGGGGGAGGGGAAGGGGGUGGGGGCUGUGUUUUGAUCUCCUACGCUGUACUUUUGAAGAAUUUUUUCAGGAGAUUGCAAGAGACAAUUUAUCGUCCUCUUCCUAUUCUGCCUGGGUUCUGAUUUGGUGGAGAGAUGGAAAUCAUCCUUGUGGUUUGUUCUUCACAGCUUUUGGUGAUUCAUUCAGCAACUGCAAAUUGUAAAAUGUAGCUGGGAACUAUUUUUACUUUACGCUGGGGUGUAUUGGGAGUUCAAAGGUAAAAAAACAACAAAUACAUACAUGUAUGUACAUAAUAUUAAUAAAAGAAAACUUCAACAUUUGAUCUUUGAACAGCCUUGUUGUAGCACCCUUCUCCUCUCAGAGAGUUGCUCCGUCCAGACGGAAAGAUUUCAUGAAUUGUUCUGUUCUGUGUUCUACACCUUGAACUACUGUUGUAGAUAUUUCCAUUAAGUUUACAUUAAAAUACAUGUAUCAAAACACCA